AUGGCAGCCGGGAGCAACGAGAGGAAAGUGAUCGGGAGAGUGCAUUGCCGGGGAGGGCACGCACCGGGAUGGGUGCAUUCGUUCGCUGUCACGGAGAACUACAUCGUCGUGCCGGAGAUGCCCCUCCGAUACUCUGUCGCUGGCGUUCUCAAGUCUCAGCUGACACCUUGGUAUCUCUUCGACUGGCUGCUGGAGUCUGGGAGCUACAUGCACGUCAUAUGCAGGUUCACUGGAAAGACUGUGGCGAGCGUGGAGAUUCCUCCGUUCAUGGCAUUACACUUCAUUAACGCAUACGAACAAGGAGAUGCGAUCAUUGCUGACUGCUGCGAGUACUAUGAUGAUCCUUCUGUCAUCAAGGCACUUGCACUGCAUAGACUAAGAUCUCCCGGAAUGAACAAGGAUGCAUUCCCUGAUGCUAGGGUUGCCCGAUUCAGGAUACCACAGGAUGGAAAUAGACCCCCCAUGGGCGAGCUGGAGACUGUGCUGGACCCUGUGGUGCAUAGCUGGGGAGUGGAGAUGCCUUCCACCAAUCCGGCUUACCAGGGUAAGGAAUACCGUUAUGUGUAUGCCUGUGGCGCGCGAAGGCCAUGCAAUUUCUUGAACUCCCUCACCAAGAUCGACCUUGUGGAGAAAGAGGCCAAGAACUGGCAGGAGCUGGGCUCUGUGCCAUCGGAGCCCUUUUUUGUGGCGAGGCCAGGGGGGCUGAUGAAGAUGACGAAUGUUUGGAGGGGUUGUGAUCUCCAAUUCUCCAUCGUGAGCACCAUGGAAGGUGAUGGGUAUGCGCUACUGCUGGACGCCGUGACUUUUGAAGAAAUUGCUCGAGUAAGGCUCCCCUACGGCCUACCAUACGGCUUCCACGGCUGCUGGAUUCCAGAGAAUGUAUGA